UGGUCUUAUGAAUAGAGCCUAAAACAGCUGAUUACUUAAUUCAAGACAAUGGUCGUAAACGUAAGAUUGUAUUAAAAAAUUGACAAUUUAUUGACAUAAUUACAACAAAUUCCAUUAGUUUAAACAAAUUUAUUAUUUUGUUAUAUUUGAUGAAUAAAAAAUGACGGCUGGGACAAGUUUAGUAGUACCUAUAGUACUAUGGGGCCGUGUUGCUCCAACACAUUGCAUUUCGUGCAUCUAUCUUUCUCGAGAUCAAAAAACUCUAAUAACUGGAUGCUACGAUGGACAAAUAUGCUUAUGGCAAGUGGAACCUGAAACGUUGAAAAUGACUCCAAGAUGCUUGCUUGUAGGACAUACAGCUCCUAUAUUGUGUCUUAGUCGUGCGAGCGUUAUCAUGGAACAAAAUUAUAUUGUUAGUAGUAGUGAAAUUGGUGAAAUGUGUACCUGGGAUUUAGUCGAUGGAAAAUGUCGUGAAGCAGUAAAACUUAAUAAUAUUCACACUCAAAUGUUACCAUAUGUAUCAACUGGCGGUGAAGAUGUCAAAUUAUUUUGUUCAGGGUACUAUCCAGAAGUAUUAGUGAUGGAUCCAUUUAGCUUGGAAGUUUUAUUUACACUCAGUUCGAGAGUGAAUCCAGAUUGGAUUAGUGCUUUACACGUCCUACGCCCGGCCAAACGGAAAGGUCGGUUCUACGUUGUAACAGAAGACACAAAUGAUGUUGUUUUGGCGCUUACAACAACUGGAACAGUUAAAGUUUGGACAUUAUUGGGACAUGAAAAUCGAAAUAGUGAGCCUUUAUAUGAACAUGAAAGUAAACAAAUUCGAUGUUUAAACGCUCUUGCUAUGACGUGUUGUCCGUAUAAUCAACGUACAGUACUAAUUGUAUGUUCCAAAUAUUGGCAGAUUUUUGACGCUGGAGAUUUUUCGGUACUAUGCUCAGUUACUGCACCUUAUGGAGAACGAUGGAUGGCUGGUGAUUUUCUUGCUGCAGACAGAGUUAUUCUUUGGAGCGAUGAGGGUCAUGGUUAUCUUUACAAAUUACCCGCCAACAAGCUGAAGGGCAAGGCUCUCAGCAGCAGUGUUGCGGACAAUCAAAACUUUCAUACAGCGUCAACUGAUUCCGAUCAACCGUAUUUGUAUUGCACCUUAACGCAACCAGGGGACAAGCCGUUAUCCUGUCCGCCUGCUAUGCGUUUAGUAACAGUUCAACGACAAAAUAAAAGUUCGAAAUAUCUACUACGAGGUGAUAGCGAGGGUGUCGUGGUUCUUUGGACUGUGCCUGAUAGCUCACCACAACAAAUGCCUCAAGCAAACAAUUUCAAUGACGGAACAGCAACACCAGUGUUGUCUCCAACUAUAAAAACAAGUCUUGCUGCAGCAUGGGAAUCAAUGAAACCACCACCUGUAGGAAUAUUAGAUCAAUUAGAUAUGAAUGAUGGACAUGGAAUUAAACUCACUGCCAGUAUAUACUUACCACAGCAAAGUAGAUUGGUUGUUGGUCGAGAGGAUGGUAGUAUUAUUAUUGUGCCAGCAACACAAACAGUCAUGUUGCAAUUACUUCACGGCAAUCAUCAACACUACGAGGACUGGCCACCACAUCAGGUUCUUCUGGGCCAUUCUGGUAGAGUGAAUUGUCUUUUAUAUCCACAUGGCGCAGCUAAUCGUUACGAUCGAGCUCAUUUAGUUUCUGGUUCUGUUGACUUUGCUGUGUGUUUGUGGGAUUUGUAUUCAGGUACAUUAAUUCACCGUUUUUGUGUUCAUGCUGGUGAAAUUACACAACUGAUGGUACCACCAGACAACUGCAGUCCUAGAAUACAAAAAUGUGUUUGUAGCGUCGCAUCAGAUCACAGUGUAACUUUAUUAUCAUUAGCUGAAAGAAAAUGUGUCGUAUUAGCAUCUCGUCAUCUCUUUCCUGUUGUCACUAUUAAAUGGCGACCACUUGAUGAUUUUAUGAUUGUCGGAUGUUCCGAUGGAGCUGUUUAUGUUUGGCAAAUGGAAACAGGUCAUUUGGAUCGUGUUCUUCAUGGUAUAAUAGCAGAAGAAGUAUUAUAUGCUUGUGAUGAGAAUUCAUUGGCAAAUAGUGGUGGUACGGGAACGGGAGGUGAAUUAGGAUUGGCAAAUCCAGCUGUUCAUUUUUUCAGAGGCUUAAGACACAGAAAUCUUUCUGCUAUUCGACACGCGACUCAAAGAGGAUUACAUCAACUUCAACAACUUCACGGAGGCCAUGGAAAUGAUCAUGGAAAUCAAAUUAAAGCAAAAGGUGCUCCAUUAAUGAUUCAAGGAUUCAGGAGUAAUCCAAAAGAUCCAGAAAGUCAUAUACUCUUUUUCGACAUUGAAGGUCUCAUAGUACAAUUAUUGAGUGAUGAGUAUGGUGCCAUGACUCCUGGAUCUUUAGAAGCGCAAGGUUUAAUUUCAGCUUCGGAAUAUCAAAAAGUUGCUGCUUUAACACGAUCAGCAAGUCCUGAUACUCAUAAAAAAAUUGCAGACUUUUUCGGUCGCGUCAAGGAUAAAGCAGGCGAUGUUGAAAGAAUCCUGAAGGAGAAAGAUCGUCACGGUAUUUUGGCUAAAAUGAAGGAAGGUGCUGAAAAUGUUCAAACAAAAUUACAGGCCAAGGCAGAAAGUGUUGGUCUGAAGCCGUCAAAUCUUGACGGUAAAGGCGAUGGUUGGAAUAAUGACACGCCGAAAAAUUCUUUAAAACGAAAUGGCACAUUUGGUGAAUCUAAUGCAACAAUGGAAAUUGCUCAAUUACUUUUGAGUCUCUUACAUGCUUGGGGUAUGGAUCCGGAUCUUGAUCGUGUUUGUGAAAGUAAAUUAGGAUUAUUAAUGCCUAAAGUUCCUGUUUCAUUUGGCGUUUUAUCAAAAGGUGGCUAUAUGUCAUUUUUACUUCCUACAUGGCAAACUCAUUUGGAGCCAAAUGAAGAGCCAGCGACUCAAAUUGAGCAAAGAUUACCGCCUGAAGUUGUAAAACAAGAAAGAUUAACUAGAGCAUUUACUUCAAGAGCACAUUGGGAAUUGUCAACAACAUUAACUAGUAAUCAUUUGUUGGCGGUUGUUGCUUUAGCUUAUACUCUGAUGUCGAUGAAUAAUGCAACAUUUGUACCAGAACAAGAACAAAAACGAAAAAUGCACAGACCAGGUAAUAGAGUUACGGUAAAUUGGAACAAAGUUGAGGAGGAAAAUGAAGAUUUGUAUACAAAUACUCAGGCGCAAAUAAAACAGGGUUGGUCUUUAUUAGCAACAUUACAUUGCGUAUUACUACCGGAUAAAGUAGCAAUUCAAGGUGGGGCAAAAACGUUUAAACGACCUCAAGUUGAAAUGAUGGCACGAAGGUGGCAACAUCAAUGUAUAGAAAUUAGACAUGCUGCUCAGGCCCUUUUACUCGCAGAAUUGGGAAGAAUGGGUCCAAAGGGUAGAAAAUCAUUAGUCGACAAUUGGUCACAGUAUUUACCGCAGUACAGCACCCAAGAGCCAAUUGCUCCACAAUCUCAAAAUCAAAGUCCACCUCCUGGCAGUCCCGUUCCACCUAAUGAUGUUCCAACUGAAGAGGAGGACGAAGAAGAGGAAUUAGCUGAAGAAAUUAGUGUAUCGAGAAAACCUUCGAGUGUAGCUGAACUUAAACGAAAACAAACAACAGCUGUUGUAUUAUUAGGUGUGAUUGGUGCUGAAUUUGGUCAAGAUGUUGCAACAACAAACCAAAGAAAAAAUAAUAAUGAACAAAGGCGAAGAAGUUCUGUUGUCGAAGGUUUUGGAAUCGGAAAUAAUAAUCUUGCAAGGCACACAAGUAUGGCACUCACUCAUUUAUUACAUGCACCUCAUUCACCAAAAUUACCUUUGCAUACUGCUUUGAGAAGAGCAGCCAUCGAUCUCAUAGGACGUGGAUUCACUGUGUGGGAACCAUAUUUGGAUGUUUCUAAAGUUCUAUUGGGUCUUCUUGAGAUGUGUUGCGAUGCUGAUAAAUUAGUGCCUAAUAUGACUUACGGUCUUCCUUUGACACCUCAAGCUGAUUCAUGUCGAACAGCUCGACGAGCUUUGGUUUUAAUAGCAACAGCAAGACCUGCUGCUUUUAUUACAACAAUGGCGAGAGAAGUUGCUAGAUUCAAUACAAUGCAACAAAACGCACAAACUCUCAAUGUUAAUCUAGGUGCUAGUGUAUUAGCUCGUGCAAAACCUGAAAUAUUGAAAUUAGUAGAGGAAUUGAUAGAAAAAAUGCAAAGUGAAAUGAGCGAUCUUCUUGUUGAGGUGAUGGACAUAAUUCUUCAUUGUCUUGAUCCUGGACAUUUAAAAACAAAACCAUUAAAUGAAGUUUUCCCAGCAAUUUGUAGAUUUAAUCAAGUUAGUCAUUGUCCAGCAACACGCCGAAUUGCAGUAGGUGGACGAGGAGGUCAGCUGGCUCUUUAUGAAUUACGUGGAAAUGUUAAAUGCCAAACAGUAUCAGCUCAUCAAGCACCAGUCACUGCCUUAGCAUUUUCACCAGAUGGCAAAUUUCUAGUGAGCUAUUCUUGUUCUGAAAAUAAACUCUGCUUCUGGCAGCAAACAAGUAGUGGUAUGUUCGGCCUUGGCAAUUCUCAAACACGUUGCGUGAAAUCAUAUAGCACUGCUCCCAUUAACGAUGUGACGAGAUUGAAUCCAAUGCGUUUAGCACGUCUCAUUUGGAUUAACAAUCGUACGGUAACAUUAAUGUUAGCUGACGGUUCUGAAACUCGAUUUAAUGUUUAAAUUAUUAUAAUGCACUUAUUCACCUUUUUACAUAUAAUGUAUUAAAUUUAAAAAAAAAAGGUGACAACUUGUGCCAUUUUAUUUCUGUUACAAAUGAAUUAUAUAAAUAUUUACAAUAUUUUGAAAGUUUAGGUAAAUGUUCCAUUUUCCAAAGAAUGCUGUCAUCAUUGACAAUAUGCAGGAUAUAUAGUAAACUAUAAUUGUUAAGUACAAAAUGCAUUGAUGACGGUUUGUGAAAUUUCUUGUAUCAUAUUUUAAUUUUAAUUUUUGUUUGUUUAUUGUUAAGUCU